CAUGCUUUCACAAGUUGCUGAGUGAGUUGGAGUGUCUACCAAUCUUAAAAGCUCUGACAAGCAACAUUCGAAUCCGAAGAUGGAACAAAAACUAAAGGAAAUUGUUAAAGAACCACUAAACGCAAACAACAGUGGUCUGGCAUACUCGCUUCUGAUAGACUCAAAACGACCAACAAGACUUCCACCAAGUUCAGUCCUUAGUAAAGUUAAGUCGUUUCUGCCAGCUAUGAAAGCAGCUAAUGAAGAUCUUAUGAUGAAUGCCGCAGAGGAUGGUGUUGGAUUAGAGUUACCGGAGAAUUAUGAUGGUCCCGCUAUUCAAAUGGAUCUGACACAAUUUGCUUUAGAUUCAAGCUCUGAUGAUUCCAGCGAUGAAGAAGAUCCACCAAUCACAGAGUAUAAUUUACAAACAACAGCAUCAGUAGCCAAUCAGAAACACAGACCAACCAUUGAGGUACUGGCAGCAACUGAUUCUCAACAAGCAUCAUGCACUCAGACAACAGAGGGUGUAACAAAGACAGACAGCACUGUCAAGUGAUCUGAUUUGUGGUUGUAUGCAUGUAAAUAAGUGAAU